UGGUGUCUACGACUACUGCAUCCAAUUAUGUACAUUUCCAUUUUCUUGUAUUCUAUUCAAUUCUAUUCUAUCAACUCGGUCUCAUGGCUCAACUUCAACUCACCAACUCGCUCUCUCUCCACCACCACCACCACUACCUUCCCAGACCAAACCCUAAUCCCAUGCUCAUUCCCCUCUCUUCCCAAUCCCUAAUUCUCCAUCACCAUCUUCACCUUCCAUCCCCAAUCGCUUUCUUCUUCACCAAACGAAAACCCAUCCUCCGGUUCACCCGCCGAACCGGCUCACUGGCUAACCCGCGCGUCAUUUUUGCGGCCGUCGGUCAGGCUGAACCGGAACGUCUUCCACAACCCAAUGCCCAAAAGGAGGAUUUACUCUUGAAAUCUGAACAGCAGGUUAGUCAGUUAAGGAACAGAAUUGUCUUUGGACUUGGCAUUGGGAUUACCGUGGGUGGUGUUGUUUUGGCCGGUGGAUGGGUUUUCACGGUUGCCAUGGCUGCUGCUGUCUUUGCUGGCGCACGGGAAUAUUUUGAAUUGGUUCGGAGUCAUGGAAUUACUGAAGGAAUGACACCACCUCCGCGCUAUGUGUCACGAGUCUGCUCUAUCAUCUGUGCCUUAAUGCCGUUGUUUAUCAUGUAUCGAGGUCAUAUUGAUGUUUCUGUGACUUCUGCUGCUUUUGUUCUAGCCAUGGCAUUACUCUUACAAAGAGGAAGUCCCCGUUUUGCACAGCUAAGUAGUGCCAUCUUUGGGCUAUUUUAUUGUGGAUAUCUUCCCUGCUUUUGGGUUAAGCUUCGAUGUGGUUUAGCAGCUCCAGCCUUGAACACAAGAAUAGGAGCAACAUGGCCUGUACUUCUUGGUGGUCAAGCUCAUUGGACAGUUGGUCUUGUAGCAACUUUGAUUUCCAUAAGCAGCAUAAUUGCAGCUGAUACAUUUGCAUUUCUUGGUGGCAAGGCAUUUGGUAGAACACCACUUACUAGUAUAAGUCCAAAGAAGACAUGGGAGGGUACUAUUAUAGGCUUCUGUGGGUGUAUAGUUACUUCUGUUGUACUAUCAAAAAUUUUCAGCUGGCCAAUAUCAAUAUCAAGCGCAAUAGCUCUUGGUGUUCUGAAUUUCUUUGGGUCUGUUUUUGGUGAUCUCACUGAAUCAAUGAUCAAACGUGAUGCGGGUGUGAAAGACUCUGGCUCCCUAAUACCUGGUCAUGGUGGGGUACUAGACAGAGUGGACAGUUAUGUGUUCACGGGUGCACUGGCAUACUCUUUCAUCAAAACCUUUCUACCGCUUUAUGGAGUAUGACUGAAAAAGUGUUAGGUGGUAUCUGCAUGGCAUGUUCACUGAGAAUGUUGACAUGUUGUCAUUGGCAGUGAAUUGAAAUUAAAUAUUUGUGGAAACCCCUGGAUAUUUUUCAUGGGAUCAAACGACAAGAUGAUGGUUUCAUAAAUUUGGAUAAGCAUGUAGAAUGGAAAAGAUAGAUUUAUCUGAUGAUCAUCAGAAAGAGAAGAAGCAGGAAUUUUCUUAUCAUCCCAAGCCAAGUUGACCACAGUUUAUGGCUGCUGCUUAUUCGAAUUUACAUCAGGUCUCAGAUAUCAGGACUAAGCAGGGUACCGCAGGUUGUGCUGUGAACUGUAAAUAGCCACAAUUGGCUUUGAAAGAGAAGGGACUGCUGCACUUGCUCUUAACUUUUUUGAUGUCUCACUAACCAAUGUCAUAAUGGCACUGUAGAGUGUAGAGCAAUCGUCAAAAAUCUUUUGAUGCUGGUAAUUUUUUGUUAUUUUGUCAUUUAUACUAGCCUCAUUGUAUUUUAGUGUUAAAACUACCAUUCACAUAAUAAUUGUCUUAAUUUAUU